UUUUCCGAGAUCAUAAUGAAAAUUCUCUACCAACUAAAUGGAACCCAGCUGGCCUGUCUACAACAGGCAAGUCCAGUUUGGAAAGAUUAUAUAGAGGAAGAGCUGUGGAAUAAUGUGAAAAUAAGUAAAAGAUUAACACAAUACUGGGGCUCCUAUAUGCCUAAAUGCUUUAUUGUGACUCAUUCCACCACUAUAGAAUCUAUGAAAGUUACUCCAGGUCUUAUUCUCUGCGGAGAAGAGAAAACUGGGAAUGUCGUGGUCUACAACAGAUCUGCAUUCUAUCCUCUGGUCCCCAUCGGAAGGAAAAUCAUACCACAAAGAUGUAUAGAAUCCGGUGAAGCAGGAAGUACUGUCUCAAGUCUUGAUUGUAAUGAACAGUUCCUGGUCACAGGGUCAACUGACGGAGCGGUGAGACUCUUCCUUCUUCAUACAGGUAAGUUGUUAACCAUCCUCUGUCAGUCCUCCACCACGGUGUACUCGGUCAAGCUCAACAACUAUCAGGUUUAUGCCAGUGCAGGAAACAAGCUUUCUGUCCAUAAAAUUAGUUCAGAUGGAGGGGGAGGAGCUGAACUAACCCACCUACUUUCUGAACACACCAGAGAAGUUUUGUGUCUUGACUAUGGAUGUGGGAAGCUUGCAAGUGGAGGAACAGAUAAAACCAUCAAAAUAUAUUCGUUGGGGCCCCCGGGAGUGUAUAAAGUUCUUCACACUCUUGUUGGACACAAACUGAAGGUCCGGUGUGUAGCUGUACAUAAAGACCUAGUUGUAUCUGGUUCCUGGGAUAGAACUGCCAGGAUCUGGGAUUCGAAGACAGGGGAGUGUAUUCGGAUACUGGAACAUGAGAAGCAUAUAAGAUGUAUAGCUAUUGACAGCUGGAGGAUACUGACUGGAGAUACUGAAGGGUAUGUAUAUGCCUGGAGCCUGGAAAACUGCCUGGACACAAGCAUAGGGCCUGACAAGCUUUGCCUAAGAGCACACAACGCUAUGGAUCCAAGUGUUUGGAUGAAAGAUAGUCAGAAGAGUGUGUACGCUGUACAUUUAGAAGCUGCAGUACAGAUACAGGUGGCUGGAGCAACGGGUAGGAUUGUCGUUUCUGAUUUCUGGGAUUACGACUGCAAAGAUUUCUUCCAAUUGGAGUCCUACUUUCAUAAUGAGAAAUCUUCAUCAUGAUUUCUUUAAACUGGAGUCAUAUUUAUAUAAAGAGAAAUCAUCAUCAUGAUUUCCUUUAGCUGGAGUCCUACAUGAUUUCCUUAAACUGGAGUCAUACUUAUAUAAUGAGAAAUCAUCAUCAUGAUUUACUUUAGCUGGAGUCCUAUAUGAUUUCCUUAAACUGGAGUUAUAAUUUCAUAUUGAGAAUUAUCAUCAUGAUUUCCUUCAGAAGGAGUCCUACUUUCAAAAUGAAAGCAUAAUCAUGAUUUCCUUUAGCUAAAGUCCUACUUUAAUGAUGAGAAACAUCACCAUGAUUUUCUUCAGCUGGUGUCCUAACUUCAUUAUGAGCAUUAUCCUCAAGAUUUCUGUCAGCUGGAAUAUUAAAAUUUAUA